GUAGCCCAUUAAUUUAAAACUCAACUCACCUAUUAAUUUAAUCCCCCAAAUAUUAAUUUCAAACUCCAAACACGCCGUAAACCUUACACCCACCAUUCACCGCCGAUACCCUUUUCUUCUCCUAUCCAUCGCUGAACACCCCUUCUUCAUCACCUAAUACCCACCGCCAUCUCACAUAUCAAACAUUACACCACCGUAAAUCCUUACACCCACCACUCACAGUCGAUUCCACUUAACCUUCUUCUACCCAGUUACCGUAAACACCACCAUUACCCUCACCCUUCUCACCUUUAUGCCGACCACCCCCAUACCUCACCACAUACAUCACCUGCCUUUUCUUCUCCUUUUCUUCUCACUGAUACCCACCGAAAAAAACACCCAAAAUCACCUCCCAUUAUAGAUAUAACCUUCACAUACCCGAUUCCAUCCAUCAAUCCACCAUCUUUCAUCAUAAAUUUGGGACUUCACUUGGGGAUUCAAGCUCAACCGAAAAUACUUCUAACUUUUCUUGUUUCUCUCAAGUCCAAGAAUGCCAGGUGCAGGAACUUUAAGUCGGGCCAGCAGGAAACGAGGUACAGAUACUCGCCCAAGAGGGGGCCCGGUGAGUAGGGAGCUCGAGCCGGUUCAGCAGGUUGAACCGGAACUAGUAUGAGUGGUGCAACAGUCAGAUUAUAGCAGAGUUAUUGAGUAUACGGGGCCGGGACGUCCGCAUGGUCCACGUCAAAGGAUCUUGGAUAGCCCUCUUUUACAGUUUGAGCAAAAUUCAGAGGAGUCGCGGAGGUUAGGUGCCUUGUUUACGGCAGAGCUGCUGUCGUAUAGGAGGAUUGAUUGGGAGGUGUUGGAUCGUUUAGGGGCAAGGGCCUGGGUGGAACAGUUGUUAGGACCGAAAUUCAGGAAAGUUUUGGAUUGUGAUGCGCCACAGUACAAGGAGAUCACGAUGGAGUUUCACUCGACUUUUGACUAUAAGCAAGGAAGUUUUAAUGAAAAAGGUGCAAUAUUCUUUGCCUUGGGUAGGAAAUCUUAUGAGAUGACAGUCCCUGAGUUUGCGGUGGCGACUCAGUUUUAUACGGAAGAAGAGGUUAGGGCUCCCGAGUUUAUUAAUAGUUUGCAGGGAGUGUUUAAGAAACAGCGUGGGUUUUGUGUUCUGGCGGGUGAGUUAGCGAGGUUUUGGGGCACCAUAUCGAGGGUGCCAUAUGCUAUAGGGGCAGUUGCUAGUGAUAUUACUGAUCCAGUUCUUCGUUAUACCCACAAAAUUCUAGCAGCGACUCUGGUUGGUAGAGGAGAGGGAGACAACAAGGUUAAUCAGGUGAGCUUAUUUUGUCUGAUGUGUAUGGUUGAGCUGAGGCCAGCCAACUUGGUGACAGUGUUUGCUUUGUCUAUGAAGAGGUUAUGGAGGGGCGGUGUUGGUGCCCGUAUUUACUGUGGGCCGUUGAUUACUUGGUUGGCCGAGAGUUUAGGUGUGUUUGAGAGGUACCCGGCUGAUAGGAUGAAGAAGGGCCCUGACCCUUGCUUUAUGAGUGUUAGGGAUUUGCAGUCUGCUGCGAUAAUAGCUCGUACUGAUCCGAUUACUUGGGAGCCGAUACGAGAGGGUCCACAGGUUCAGCCUCCGCCUGAUUCAGGUGCUGCGGAGGCUAUGCAGGGUGCGGUUCCUACCCGUUGUCAGAGGCCUCGUAUUCCCCGUAUUCGUCAGAAUAUUCUUGCUAGGCAGUACCCGUUAGCGCAGCCACGACCCGAUCCACUUACCUUGGAUUCAUUAUAUGAUUCUAUGCAGGCGAUUUUCGGUGACUUGCGUAUGUUUGUUGAUGAUCAGAUCAGUGGGCUUAGGCAGGAGGUGUUAGCAGAGGUUGUGGCAGGUCAGAGGCGAUUGGAGGAUGGUAUGCGAGUCAUUAUGCAGAGUCUUAAUGCGCAGCCACCAUCUUCUUGGCAGCAGUCUGAGGCAGGGCCCAGUGGGACACAGGCGGGUGAUGAGGUGUUGGAUGAUGCAGAGUAGAGUGAGGAUGCAGGGAGGAUGACAACUUAUAUCUUUUGUUUCUUUUUAUCUUUAUGUUGUUUUUAAUCCUCGUCUAUUGUUUUGUACUUAAAUACGUUAAAUAGGCUGGUUGGGAUUUUGGGGAUGGUUGACGCUUGGUUGUUGGAUGUUUGCACUAACACUUAGUAGCUUAUAUAUUAUCUUUUGCUA